AUGAACAGCACGGCCGUAUCUGUCAUAUCUUUGGCCAGACAGAGAGCAAAAGCAAACUUUACAGGAAACAAGAAGGAAUUGAACUCAGGGCUGGUAAACACAAAACAGCAGUUACGUGACCUAAAACAAAAGCUACUGAUCUCAGAAGCCACUGCCUAUGCCCUGGCCAACCAGCUGCAGCAGUACAAGUGUGAGGAGUACAAAGAUUUAUUGGAGUCCGUGCUGGGGGAGGAGCUGCAGUUCCAGGAGGGGGAGCCAGUGCAGAAGCCCAGGCAAGCUGAAGAGCUCAGGGACUACAGAUUCCUAAUUAAAGCUCAGGCAAAAGAGCUAACACAGUUAAGGGAUAAGUUACAUGAUGGGAGAGAUGCCUCCGUCUCACUCUUUGAGCAUCUCAAGCUCCUCCUCAGUCGUGGUGACCCUGAUGACUACCAGAGGAAGAACCUCCAAGAGCCACUGACUGAGGGACUCAGGCUGGCAAAGUGCCUCAUCUGCAAACUCAGGCCAGAAACUGAAGAUGAUGAGGAGGUUGAAGAUACACCCAGCUGGCUCAGCACAGUACUACAGGAAACUGAAGAAAAGGAAGACCAUCAGGACUCACUGGAGGAAUGUUCUUCCACUUGUUCUAUUUGUCACGACCUAUCCGACUCUGGUCACCAACACAGUAAAUCUCCAUCUAAGAAACAGGAAGUUGAUUCUUCUGUGGAUGUAAACAGUGAACCUUCUCAUUAUCAAGGGGAAGAAGCUCUGAACGUUCUUACAG